CCGCUCUUCUCAUUCCGUCUAUCUCAAGCUCCGUGUCAUCUCGCCGGCAAAGAACUCGAUCUAUCUGAAAAGAAAACCGUAGUUUGAAUCUCCUUGUGGAAAUGCCGACUCUACAAGGCUCUCUGCCUCCUGAGCUCGCUAACAAUGUGGUUAGGUUGUACCGUGAAUGUCUUCGUAGAGCUACAUUCAUUGGUAAGCAGCAACACAACACUGAGCUGGUGGUUGGUAUGGUGAGGCAACAAUUUAAGAAACACAUGAAUGAGACAGACCCCGAGAAGAUUCAGAAGUUAAAGGAUGAUGCUGCUCGUGGACUCAUCAAUCACAUGUUGUUCGAGUCAGAGAAGCUAACAGGACGCAAGGUUAGCCAGAGAUCCUGAUGCAGAGACUUGUUGCUGACUUUCAUCGUUAUACGCUCUCUCGUUCAUUGUAUGCUAAACAAUGCAAGCUUGGUUAGCUUUAAUAAAAGAACUUUUGUAAUGGGAGUAGCUUCCAUGCAUUCAUAAGAUUGAUGAUCUUGGUUUCCAGUUCAAUGUACUUCAAAUUGAAUCAUACUGUUUUUUGUCUCUUGUUUAGAUACGCUGUAUUAUUAGACACUUUGAAAAUGAUUAACAAUUUGAGUAA